GUGGAGGUUCCAGCCUGAGCGGCUCUCAGGGCAUUUCUGUUUUUCUGACCUUUGAUCAGAUCAAACAUGGCGUCCGUCCGCUCAGACACCAGACGACUCUUCUUCCUCCUUAUCGCCGCUAUCCCAGCAUGCACUGGGCUCCCUGAAAGUGGAAUCUUUGUGGGCCGACCCGAGGCUAGCGUCUUCCUGCACCGCGUGCGGCGCGCUAACUAUCUGUUCGAGGAGCUGCGGCGCGGGAACGUGGAGCGGGAGUGUCACGAGGAGAAGUGUUCGUACGAAGAGGCGAAGGAGAUCUUCGCUCUGCCGCAACAGCUGGAGGCGUUCUGGAGACGCUACACAGCGGUGGACCACUGCCAGUCGUCGCCCUGUAGGAAUGGCGCCUCUUGCACUCGUCACCUCGACUCCUACAGCUGCAAAUGUCCGCCUAACUUCCACGGCCAUCACUGCGACAAAGUUCGUCAGACCUCCAGCGGUUGCCGCUUCAGAAAUGGAGGCUGUGAACAUUUCUGUAAAGAGUUUCCGGAUCGUUCCCCCGUCUGUUUCUGCGCUCCGGGGUACCGCCUGCAUCAGGACGACAGCAGCUGCGAGCCCCAAGAUGAGGUGGUCUGUGGACGACCCCUAUGGCACUUCAGCCCCAGAGUUAUUAACGGGAAGAACUGCCCCAAAGGACAGUGUCCCUGGCAGGCGCUGCUGACUGAGCAUAAUGUGUUUUCGUGUGGAGCGAUCGUCCUUUCUAACCGCUGGGUCUUAACGGCAGCUCACUGCGUCUGGAGGAAACCUGCCGCCUUCUUCAAUGUCACCGUCGGUGAGCACGACCUGAACAUGGAGGAGCGUACGGAGCAGUGGCGGCACGUUGUGAAGGUCGUGAUCCACCGCGCCUACAACAAGUCGAGCUCGGACAGUGACCUGGCGCUGCUGAAGCUGCAGAGGCCGGUGAAGCUGGGGCCCCACGUGGUGCCGGUCUGCCUGCCGGCCAGGAACUCCUCCUUCAGCCGGACCCUGGGCAGCAUCCGGCAGUCCACGGUGUCAGGCUGGGGACGAGUCGCUCAGCGGGGUCCGGCGGCCAGGGUCCUGCAGCGCCUGGUACUACCAAGGGUCCCACUGCAGGAGUGCCGCCUGCACAGCAACCUCAACAUCACCAAGAACAUGCUCUGUGCCGGGCUGAAGGACGGGGGCAGCGACGCCUGCGAGGGAGACAGCGGGGGGCCCCUGGUCACCCGAUACAAGAAGACCUGGUUCCUGACUGGCGUGGUGAGCUGGGGGAAGGGGUGUGCCAACAGGAAUCUGUACGGGGUCUACGCCCGGGUCAGCAACUUCCUGGGCUGGAUCGAGAACGUCAUGGCCCACUACUGACGGAGCUAAAGCUAAUGCUACAGUAAAAUAGCUAAAGCUACAUUAACAUAGCACCUCCUUAUCGAAGAAGCUAAAGCUACAUUAACAUAGCACCUCCUUAUCGAAGAAGCUAAAGCUACAUUAACAUAGCACCUCCUUAUCGAAGAAGCUAAAGCUAAUGCUAAGAGCACUUGCUUUGUAAAUCAGGUUUUAUGUUGAUUUGUAACUCGAGACGAUGAUGUGAUAACGUUGAUUAUUCUUAAUAAAUAAAACUGGUACUAAC